AUGCGACUCCAGCCGUUUGUGCGUCUCCUGUCUGUCGCCGGUGCGCUACUUGCGGGCCAACACGACGUCGCGGCUUCCUGUUCCUCGUGGUCAACUCGGUUCCAACAGGAAAUUGAUGGCGUGUGUGUAUGCAACGCCACGAAUUGCGAUUCGAUAUCAACCGAGUAUUUGUCACUGUCCAGUAGCCAUGUUGGGUUGUUCCAAACGUCUAAGGCGGGCGAUCGCCUUGCAUACUCAGCUCUACUGAUCGACAAAUCAAGUGACGAUGCAGCGGACCUCAUCAUUGACUCGAAGACAACGUAUCAGAAAAUCAUCGGCUUCGGAGGCGCCAUCACGGACGCAGCAGCGAUCAACGUCUAUCUAAUGGAAUCGAAUGUCCAGCAGCUCAUCAUAGACGCAUAUUUUUCCGACACAGGGCUCCAGUACUCGCUGGGCCGUAUCCCCAUCGCCUCCACAGACUUCUCCGAGUACGUGUCCUCGUACAAUCCAUCGGUCGACGACUUCGAGAUGGCAAACUUUAGCAUCGACGUGGACAAGGAACCGCUUUCGAACAAGUUGAGUCUGAUCCAGCGUGCAUUGAAUGAGACCUCAGCAGGCGGCCGGAACCUCACACUCUUUGCUUCGUCAUGGGCACCACCUGUAUGGAUGACGACGAGUAACACAACGCUGAACUGUGAGAUGAAAGGCUACCCUGGCGGCGAGUACUGGGAGGCCCUUGCGCAAUACUACUCAAAGUUCAUUGACGCAUAUGAAGCGGAGGGAGUCGCCAUUUGGGGUUUGACAACGCAAAACGAGCCUACAAAACAAGAGCUCGCUACGAAGUUCUGGCAGAGUCUUCGCACCCAGAUCUGA